AUGGCAUUUUCCAUUUUCAAUGGAUUCAUGCAGGGACAUUACCUAUUAAACUAUUAUCUGUAUGAUGAACAAUGGCUAACUUCUCCUCAGUUCAUCAUAGGAUUCACCAUGUUUUGUGUUGGAAUGGCCAUCAACAUUCAUUCAGACCAGCAACUGAUUCACUUGCGCAAACCGGGAGAAACUGGAUACAAAAUGCCUGUCGGCGGAUUGUUCGAGUACGUCACUGCACCCAAUUUCUUUGCUGAAAUCAUCGAGUGGAUCGGUUUUGCCAUUGCUUCCUGCAGUCCUCCAGCAGCCGUUUUCGCUUUCUUCUCCACAGUCUUCCUUUGCUACAGAGCAUGGCACCAUCACCAUUUCUAUUUAAAAAAAUUUGACAACUAUCCACGAUCCAGAAAAAUCAUCAUUCCAUUCGUAUUUUAA